AUGCUCUCCCUCCCACUCAUAACCCCCCGCGACUCUCACGAGCUCUGGUUCGGCUCCUCCCACCCCUACCGCACCGCACAACAACCACCCGACACGCCCACCGCGACCUCACACCGCCGCUCCCACCAGCACAGCAACCAUGCACGCCCCUCCCCAGCCGCAAGCAGCCUCUCCGCGCUUCUGCUCGAAGAGCGCGCCCUGCGCGUGCGCAAAACCAACAUCGCCACGUUCGGCUACUCGUGGAUCCGCCCCGCGGGCUGCGCAAAGACCAUGCUCGGGAUGAAGGAGGAAGAGGCCGAGCGGGCAGAGGCGAUGGCCGCCGCCGCCGCGGAGGAGGCAGCUGCUGCGGCGGCCGCGGCGGCCGGCGGCGACACGGCGCUGGACGGGUUGGAGGAGACGGGGAUGGAGCGCGAUCUUGAUGAUGAGAUUCCCGAUGCGGACGCCGAGGGGCUGGUGGAGGAGGGCGAGGAGGGGCUCGAGGAGAGCGGCGAGGUCGAUGAGGAGGGGUACAUGGAGCGGGAUUUGGACGAGGACAUUCCCGAGGCGUUUCCGGAUGAGUAUGAUGAGGAGGGUGAGGGGGAAGAAGAAGGGUUUGAUGACCAGCGCGAUCUGGAUGACGAUAUUCCCAGCGCGGAUGGCGGGUAUGAUGUCGACGACGAGGAGGAUGACACCGGCAUGGAGCGCGAUCUGGACGACGACAUCCCCGAGGCGGCGGAGGACCGCUCUGAGCAGGAGGACGAGUGGCAGCAUACCGAUACGGAUGUGGAGUUUGACGACGAAGACGACGAGGUCAGUUUCUCGCGCGAUGCCUUUGCGCAGAGCCUGCGCGCCAGCACCGCCAGCAGUCGCGGCUUGCCGCCGCCGCCGUCGAUUCGUCGCGAGCGAGAGACCGAGGCGCAGCGGCGAUUUCUUCAGCGCUGGAGCGGUGGCGGCGAUGCGUUCGACUCGAGCAGCAUGCUGGUUGAUGAGGACGAUCUGCGUGCGUCGAUGACGAGCCAGGGCAGUCGACGGAGUGUGUUUGGGCGGUUUGCGCGUCGACGGACGGGGGGUCCAAGGGAUAGCUUUGGCUAG